AGGAUCCCCUCCUUUUCCCUCUCAUUCUAAUUCCAAGGGAAAGAGGACAAAGGUGUCUUCCGUAGACACUCCUGCUCUUUCCCAUCCCUACCUCACAGAUGCAGUAAGAAGCCUCAGGUGCGCGAUGGCAGGCUCUGGUGAGCGCAAAGGCAAGAAGGAUGACAAUGGCAUUGGCACAGCCAUUGAUUUUGUGCUUUCCAAUGCCCGGCUGGUGCUGGGGGUAGGCGGAGCGGCCAUGCUGGGCAUCGCCACGCUGGCAGUUAAGCGGAUGUAUGAUCGGGCGAUCAGUGCCCCUACCAGCCCCACCCGCCUGAGCCAUUCAGGGAAAAGGAGCUGGGAAGAACCCAACUGGAUGGGCUCCCCCCGGUUGCUGAAUAAGGACAUGAAGACAGGCCUGAGCCGGUCCCUGCAGACCCUUCCCACAGACUCCUCGGUCUUUGACACGGAUACAUUCUGCCCACCCCGGCCCAAGCCAUUGGCCAGGAAGGGCCAGGUAGACUUGAAGAAGUCACGACUCCGCAUGUCCCUGCAGGAGAAACUUCUUACUUACUACCGGAACCGGGCAGCCAUCCCUGCUGGCGAGCAGGCUCGGGCCAAGCAAGCUGCUGUGGACAUAUGUGCCGAGCUCCGGAGCUUCCUGCGGGCCAAGUUGCCUGACAUGCCGCUUCGGGACAUGUACCUGAGUGGCAGCCUCUAUGAUGACCUGCAGGUGGUGACAGCAGACCACAUCCAGCUCAUCGUGCCCCUCGUGCUGGAGCAGAACCUGUGGUCGUGUAUACCCGGUGAGGACACCAUCAUGAACGUCCCUGGCUUCUACCUGGUCCGUCGUGAGAACCCGGAGUAUUUUCCUCGUGGUAGCAGUUACUGGGACCGCUGUGUAGUAGGCGGCUACCUCUCCCCAAAGACAGUGGCAGACACGUUUGAGAAGGUAGUGGCUGGCUCCAUCAACUGGCCAGCCAUAGGGUCUCUCUUGGACUAUGUGAUCCGACCAGCACCACCCCCAGAAGCCCUGACUUUGGAAGUGCAGUAUGAGCGUGACAAGCAUCUUGUCAUUGAUUUCCUGCCAUCAGUGACCCUUGGCGACACUGUCUUGGUAGCCAGACCACACCGGCUGGCGCAGUACGACAACCUGUGGCGGCUGAGCCUGCGUCCCGCAGAGACGGCACGCCUGCGGGCUUUGGACCAGGCCGACUCGGGCUGCCGAUCUCUGUGCCUCAAGAUCCUCAAGGCCAUAUGCAAGUCCACUCCGGCUCUGGGCCACCUCACUGCCAGCCAGCUCACCAACGUCAUCCUCCACUUGGCCCAGGAGGAGGCUGACUGGUCUCCAGAGAUGUUGGCCGACCGGUUCUUACAGGCCCUGAGGGGGCUUAUCAGCUACUUGGAGGCCGGAGUCCUGCCCAGUGCCCUAAACCCCAAGGUGAACUUAUUUGCAGAGCUCACUCCCGAAGAAAUAGAUGAGUUGGGAUAUACUCUCUACUGCUCGUUGUCUGAGCCGGAGGUGCUGCUGCAGACGUAAGGGCAGGUGAAGGCCAGAGUGGGCGUCAGGUGGUCAGACCCUGGCUUCUCCGUUAGAAACAUGUGGCUGCAGAGCUGGUGCCUCACAGGGUCCCUAGGUGCCUCCUAUCUUGCUGGUCAUCGCCCGGUCACUUCAUGCUGAUCAGAAUGCCAUCUCCUUGUCUCCUGUUUUCUCACCGGACCCUUUCUAUUUUUGUUACCAAACACUGUGCUCCUCUUCCUCCCCUCCCCGUUGCUCCAGGCUCAUUUAUCUGGAAUGAAUUGAGAAGGCGGAGCACUGGCCUGAGCUGGUGUCUAGCAUUGUGGCCCAGGUUUUCUGUCCCUGUCUGCCCUGCCCUUUGGCCUCUUUGUUUUCACUGUCUUCUCUGUCUUUUCCUCUUGGUCACGCCUUCUGUUUUGCUCUUUUCCCCGGGAGCCUAUCUGCCUCGUCAAGAUGUUGCCUUUUCGUUGAAUGUCACGGAAGAGUUCUGAUGGCGUGUUCCAAGCUGAGCUCUGCAGACUGAGUGCUCAGACAGUAUUUAGAGUUUCUGGGGGUAAAGCUAUCGAAAGAGCUGGCCUUUGACCCAGGUUCCUGGAGAAGCAGCCCGUUUCCUCCGCCUCCUGACCAGCUCCGAUUCCUGAGUACUGAGAAGGUCUCAUGGGAACACAGUUAAUGACCCGCACAGGAGUGAGGUCAAUAUAAGUCGGGUGCAAAGUUGCUUGGAGAUGGCGUUCUUCAGUGGCCAAUGUGCAGUGGGGGAGCUGGCUUGGUGCAGAGGGCCUAGGGGAGGGUGUGUGUGCCCCGUGUCUCUGCCUCACCCUGGGCUGGUCCAG